CGGACACGUGUGUGCGAGUUUGUUGUGCAGACAGUAACCACCCAUCUACAUCUGCGGCGAAGGCGAAGCCUGGUUGAAGUUUAAAUUAACUGAAAACAGGAAGGAUGGGUUCUAGGCUGAACUAUGCCAACAAAGUGAUCCUAGCUCCGAUGGUGAGGAUAGGCACUCUCCCUACAAGACUAUUGGCAUUGGAAUAUGGUGCCGACAUUGUAUAUUGCGAGGAGUUGAUUGAUUUCAAAAUGCUCACUUGCAGGAGAAAAGUGAAUGAUGUUCUUGGAACUGUUGAUUACAUAUCGAAGGAUGAUGUGGUAGUCUUCCGUACCUGUUCAAAAGAAACAGAUCGACUAGUGUUCCAGAUGGGAACAGCGGAUGCCCAGCGAGCACUGAAGGUUGCGAAGAUGCUUGAGAAAGACAUAUCGGGAAUCGAUAUCAAUAUGGGCUGUCCUAAGGAUUUCUCAUUGCAAGGAGGUAUGGGAGCAGCACUGCUCAAAACACCAGAUCGUAUCAAGGAGAUUCUGACAACAUUGGUUCAGGGAGUGAAAAUUCCUGUAACAUGCAAGAUUCGAAUCCUCCCCAAGUUGGAGGACACCAUAGCACUUGCCAAGAUGAUUGAGCAAACUGGUGUUGCUGCCCUUGCUGUCCAUGGACGUCUUACUGAAGAGCGCCCUCGCCACCCUGUACACUGUGAUGCAAUCAAGGCAAUUUCUGAUUGUAUUAGUAUUCCACUGAUUGCAAAUGGAGGUUCACAAGACAUCAUCAAAUCCUAUGAUGACAUAGAGAAAUUCCGAGAGAUGACCGGAGCGUCAUCGGUGAUGAUAGCCAGGGAGGCCCAGUGGAACCCGUCCAUCUUCCGAAAGGAAGGCAAACUGCCAAUACAGGAUGUGAUCAAGAGAUACAUCCAAUAUGCUGUAGACUAUGAUAAUGUUUACACCAACAUGAAGUACUGCAUCCAACAGAUCCUAAGAGAUGAGGUCCAAUCUGAACGGGGUCAGGAAUUACAGCGUUCAAAGAGUGUGAAGGAGAUCUGUUCAGCAUUUGACAUGAAUGAUUACCAUGACAAGGUCUUGGCAGCAAGGUCAGAAACCAUAGAAGAGCUAGAUUGCACAGAGAUGGCCCCUAAGAAACGGAAGCUGAAUGAUGGGACCUUCGUCAUAGAAGCACCAUGUAAAAUAAACAGGAAACAGUUGAGGCUAUUCAAGACAAGUUACAAGAGUUUGCUGGUACAGUACUGCCAUGCCCAGAGACUACAACUGCCUCGAUACACCACAGAGGAGGAUAAAAAGAAUAAUGUUUUCAGGUCUUCUAUUAGAUUGAACAAUCAGGAAUAUGCCACAACACUAUGGUGUACAAGUAAGAAGUUUUCUGAGCAAGCUGCAGCAGCAGUUUGCUGCCAACAGCUCGGCUUGUCUCUCCAAAAGAGGGACCCUUCCUCGGGCACUCCUUCAAAGAAGAGCUGUACCAAAUCAGGAGAUCAGAAGGUCAAAAAGCAAGGUCAGGAGGUAAAAUCAAAAGGUCAGGCUACAGACCAAUCCGAGCAGCAGGACAUCGUGAAUAGCCAGCCUGUCGAAGGGCAGGAAGAGGUUUGUAAUGGGACGGGGGCAGAAUCAUCCAGUUCACAGAAAGCAGGGGAUGCUUCCCCCUCAACCGUGCCUGCACCAAGCAAGGAUUGCUCUACACAUCAUCAGGAUGAAAGAUAUGGUGAUAUUGCUGAGCAGAGAUGACAUAAGUCUAUGCCCUAAAUGAUAUCCGUCAGUAACAUAAGUACUAUGCAAUAUACUAAUAUUUUAACCACUUUUAACCAUAAUGGAAAAUGAAUGCUUGAAUCCUUGUGUAAUUAGCAAUAUUUUCCUUUUUAAGUCUAUAUAUUAGAAAUAACAGAUUGAUUUAAUUUCUUUUUAAAUUUGUUAUUUGCCUAUUUUGCAUGACUAAGGAUGAGAUUACAUUUUCAUCGCAUUGCCAAUUUCAAUAUUGCCAAGAUUGAUUUUCUUAACACAUUUAUCAUUAUUGAACCAAAGAUGUGAAUGCAGAAAAUUGGCACAGUAUAUUCAGAUUUGUUUUAUUUAUUUGACUAAUUGGGUUCUGCAUUAGCAGCUUCACAAUGUGGUCACUCUAUCCUCAUACCUGUUACAUAAAGCUUAGUAAUUAAUUGUUAAGCUUCUUUUUAUGAUGAAUCAUACAUGAUAAUUAAUGCAAUCAGUUGUAGAAAUCAACCCUGUGAUCAAUAACUAAGCUUCAUGAUACAGGCCCCUGAAUAAUGAAUUAGAAAACUUCUUGGAGUUUUGCAUAGAAUUCUUUUUUUUUUAACCUUUUACUCUUGGUAGUAAUAUUAUCCUUCAGUAUUUUUAUGCUUCAUACCAUUAAUAUCUGAUUGCAUUGCAAAGGUUUAAAAGAAUUUUGCUUAUCAUACUUGAAAAGUUCAUUUAACCAAUUAAAUUAAAACUGCGAUCCUGCUUGAAC